AUGAAUUUACCUUUCAGUACCCCAGAUUUGGAGGAUGGGUUUGCAGCCUCGACCCCCUUAAAGAACCGACCUCCUUUUGCAGGACCAUCAAGUUUUAGCUGGAAUCAAGAACCUAUUGGACCACCACCGAAAGGAAAAGGAAAGGCCUCUGCAACACAACUACGAGACCCGGAUGAUGAGUUAUCUGACGAUGAAAACAUCACUCCUCAAAAAUACGGCAAUCCACAAGUAACCCCUCUGUCAGGCUAUGGAAUGCACAGUACCCAAAACAAGGGGGAAGACGUCUUUUCACGAAACAAUCAACAAAUACCGCAACAAAAUGUACCACAACAAAACAUACCUCAACAGCCCAUAUAUCCACAACCAGCUUACCAUGCUUCACCUAAAAUCAUUAAAGAACCUGGCCUCUUCUAUGACGGGGAAAAUUUUUCAAAGUUUCUACGACGAUUUGAAAGAGCGGCACAGGCAUUCCAAGCAUCAGACUACGAGAAGGCCCUUCAAAUAGGCCGCUUCAUGAAAACAGAAGAACUCAGAGAUCAAAUAGAAGCCAUGGACGGAUAUAUAGCAUACGAUUGGCCCAAGUUACGAAAAGAAAUGAUCGACACCUGGGGCGGUUUGGAUAACACGAUUUUAUAUACGACCAACGAUCUAGUCAAAGUUACCGAAGAAGUAGCCGCAAAAGGAGGCAUCAAGACCAGUCGCGAGCUAACGGCCUAUGUAACCAAAUACACCUCUAUUAUGAAGUACCUGAUCACCAAUGGGCACAUUCACAAGGAGGAAGACACCUCAAUUCUGUUCAUGAAAGCAUUUUCAAAAGAAAUUCAGCAAAACAUAAAACGGCAUCUAGUCAGCUACGACUUACUUCCCAAAGGACCGGAUGGAAGUAAUCUACCUCCUAAAUGGGCUCACUUAGUCAAAGUUGCGGAAAUGGAAGUCAGAAUUGUGGAACCUGGAUACCUGGACGUCACCAACACCAAUUUUUCAGAAGCAAAUCAGUUAAUGCAGAAGAGAUUGGAUGCCCAGAAAGGUGACAGUCAACGACGGAACCAAAUGAUAGCCGAAACUCCGAAUGACAAAACCGUGGUCGACAAGAACAUAGCAGACAUGGCAAAGGAAAUUGCUUCGUUAAAACAACAACUAAAGAGUGUUUUGCCGGUAGCCUACAACCAGCCUAGUAAUCUGGAACGAACCGAAUUCUCGAGGGGAAAUGCCAGGCCCUCAACACCUUUGUAUGAAAGUCAGAUAUGUUUUUACUGUAGAAGAGAAGGCCACGUCACACACCGAUGCCCGGAACUACAGAAAGACGAAAGCGAGGGACUAGUACAGCGAAGUGGGAAAGACUGGUAUCUACCUAACGGACAACAUAUACCAUGGGUUCCAUCUAGACCGAUACGAUCCGUAGUGGCCACAGCCUCGGCAGACCCAGCGAUACAGGAAGCUUCCAAGCGACUUGUGGAACAGAGAAAAGCAGGGCAGGUACCCACGGGAAUGGAUUCAGCCAUGAAGACCUCAAUGCAAAUAAUAGACUGGGACCCUCCGGAACUUGGGGCAGACAAUUUCCCAAAGAACCAUGCAGUCACACGAUCAGACGCUCAAAAAGGAAGGAGGACCGUUCGAAUCCAGGAACCCGAAGACGACUCUAUGAACAUUGAUCAGGAAGAAGACAUUGCCAAUCUAGACCAAGAAGCCACAAUAACGCCAACCAAAAAAUUCUGGGGAAAGGAAAAGGCAAAAUCCAAGUCAAACUCAGUUUCGCCAGAGGUAGCCCUGCUACAAGAUUUAGAUCAUUUAAAAAUCCCUACGACAUUUGCGCAACUUACAACACUGUCACCUCUAUACACGGAGCAGAUCAUUGCCAGACUUCAACAACGACUGCCGGGAAAAAGCAGUGCCACCUAUAUGACCUCAGAAGAACAUAAGGUGGCGGCAGCUAUGACCACUCAGGCGGACAAGAAUGAACCUACCGAUCCGUGCUACUAUAGCUGCGCCCUGGGAUAUGUGACUGCCGAAAUAGGGGGAGCCAAAAUCAAUUGCAUGAUAGAUUCUGGAUCCAUGGUGAAUGUCAUUCCUUACUCUGUGGCCGAAGAUUUGGAUUUAGAAAUAGUCCAGGUAGACAUACCCAUGAAAGGCGUAGGCGGAGCAAGAUGUGACCUGAAUGGUGUAGCCGAAAACUGCCCUGUUGGGAUUGGACGAUUCUCGGGUCCGGCUCAUCUGAACCAAAGGGAGGAGGGUUUCUGUGCCUUUAGCUAA